AUGAUACACACACAGAUUACUUGGGGUUUGCUGGCCAAAAGCUGUAAAACGUCCCUCGCUGUUCGUCAGUUGCUGCACAGUUACGCAGAGGCCUCACAAGCUAAAUCGGUUCGUUCGAUUCAACCUAGCCGCACAUUUGUUGCCUCUCUGUUUGCCGCUUCGCGUUUCAAUUGGGACUUGAAAAGGUAUCUGCUUCAGCUGAUGGUAAGGGAAACGGGGAUAGAUGAAGACGGUUCUGGACAGGUAGCUGACUGUUUGGGAGAACUGGAGCCAGAUCGACGUCUAAUCGCACAAUUGGAAAUCGAUGUGGCGCUGUUUCGUGACCUUCUCCGUAAAGACGUCAUCCCCCGUGGAAUGGUCAAUGUGAUCACAUCAGACGGUCGAACGAUUGUGGGUACCUUGAAAGGUUUUGAUAAUGUGAUCAACUUGGUAAUUAAGGACAGCCAGGAGCGCGUAUUCAGUCCGACUGAGGGAGUAGAACAUGUCCCUCUUGGUCUGUUCAUCAUUCGUGGUCAGAACGUAGCUCUGGUCGGCGAAAUAGACGAAGAUCUGGACCGAAGAAUAGAUUUUUCAUCAAUUCGUGCUGAGCCCUUGAAUCCUGUUGUGCACUGA